AAGCCCAGAUCUUAGCCGGUAAUAAAGAAUCACGUGAUUGCAGGCCUCUCAUGUAAGAAAGUAAGUAAUUGUAGUCGAAGAAUGCAAACAAAAGCAUUCGCCAUGAAGUUCGUGAGUGGUCCUCUUCUUGGAAAUGCAACUCAACUAGAGAAUGGAGAUUGUGGGUACUUUCAAUGGUACAAUGACAACCACUUGCAUUAUGAUGAAUACAAAAUGAUUAACAAAGACACAGUGAUUGAGAAAUUGUUGGCAGAGAAGAAGAUCUUGGAAGAAAAAUUACAAAAGCUGAAGAACAAGAAAAAUAAAAUGAGUGUUGUGAUAACUGAAGUGGAGAUGAUGGCUUCCAAAAAUCCUAAAGGAGAAAGAUAUGUGUUGGGAUCUUAGGGUCCGGCCCAGUAACUCGGCCCAAAAUAUCCUUAAAGCCCAAAAGAAGCAGUGAAGCCCAAUGAAUAUCAGGCAGAGCAUUGGGGUCCCGAACGGGUUCUCGCCCACUGAGCAUGAACCGUUCGGUAGUUCCCAAAUGGGUCAAGUUCCAUACUUGACAGAUAACGAGCAUCCUUCUUGGUUACUAAUUACAUCAGCCUAAAGUACCAAUCGAGAAAGCCUUGCAAGUGGCAAGGGCACAUUUAAUGCCGGAGUAUGGGUACUCAAGUGAGAGCAUGGGUGUUGCAAGUGGCAAAGGGGUCAGCCAUUCAAAAUCCGCCACGUCAUCUCACCCAUCUACCCACCUCUAGUAUACAUCGUAACAUUUAUUUUAUUGUAAAGAGUUAGCAUUUUGAUACUCAUUAGCAUUAUACUUGACUCUAGUUCUUGUAUUAUUAGUUUGUCCGUACUCCCGUUCGGUCAUUUCUCUGUAAUAACACAAUCUCACUAAUGCAAUUGGAGCCAUUGAGUCAUCUGAUCUAUUGAUUUCCUUUGGAUCUAAUCGAAUU